AAAAAACCCGACAGAAACGCCAAAGGCAGUGGGAUGGUGGGAUGUUGAAUUGUAUUUUCAUUCUAUCGUAAGUUUUAAAGAAUUAGCAUUAGUUACUUUUAUUUCUAUAUUACGUUUUAGUUUCUUUAUAGAAUCGUGAAGUUUCAUUCACUCCGCUUUCGGGACGAAGGACGUCGCACCUGCCCUUGAGACUAAUUUGGAGUUGCCUCAGUGUUUGUGGCGGGGCAGGACUGCACACCAUGCGAUACCUUUACGCUUACUGAGAAACCCUAGGAGAGGUGUUUUCAUUGUAAAGCAUCACUGAGUUGGACCUGGACACAAAUUAGGCUACGCCACAACACGACAGCUACAGUAGCAUACCUGGACUACUGACGCAUCCACAUUCAAUCUGACAGUUUGCGGAAUAUCAAACAGGAAAGUUGAUUUAACGACGGGAUGACUCCUAUAAAACCCUCAUUAAACAAAUUUGUCAUAUUUCUGGUCCUGCUUCAUCUCUUCGCGUCAAUUGGCCGGGUAGAAGGAUCUCAUCUGCCUGAUCCACAGCUGACUCCGGCUGGAGACACACACAUUAAUCAUGUCGGUGGCUCUCUCACACUCAUCUGCAGGGGAUCGAAUCCACUGCACUGGAGUCUGGCUCACAGGAAUGUGUCGGCUGUACGGAUCGAGCGGUGUGGGGAGAAUAAGCACAAACACUGCAGCAAGCUAGUCAUUCACAACCUAAUGCGUAAUGACACUGGCUUCUACUCUUGUAGUUACCAGAAGUCUGAAGCUCAUGAGGUGUCCACUUAUGUUUUUGUCAGAGAUCACAAUUAUCCUUUCGUGGAGGAGUACGCUGCCUCGCCGCACAUUCUUUUUGCGCUUCGGAAGGACAAGUUUCUCAUGGUUCCCUGCAGAACAUCAUCCCCAAACCAAAUUGUUUCUCUUGAGACCUUUAUUAAUCCCAUGGCAGAUGACAUAAAACGCAAAGUGGAGUGGGAUCCAAAGAUAGGCUUCAAGAUCCCCUUGAGCCCUAAUGACAGCUACCAUCUAAUUACGUGUGUCGCCAGUGUGGACAACAGGACGUUUAGUUCACAGUACAUCAUGAGAGAAUUAGCUUUGGAAUUGAAAAACGUCCGCAUCACACCAGAACGUCUAAAAGUUCUGGUCGGUGACACCCUUGUGCUCAACUGCUCUGGAGAGACAACCUACAAUGGCUUAAUAGAUUUUGAUUGGGAGUUUAACAAGAACUCGUUCAAUCGCACUUUUCAUCCACAAACGACAAAAAGUCCUUUAAGUAAAGUUAUUACGAUGACCAGAGCAUUAAUCAUACCUAACGUGACAAUGGAGAACAAGGGUACUUAUGUGUGCAUAGCAUCAAUUGACGAGAAAAAGAUGCAGGCUUCGUCAAAGGUUACAGUGUAUGAACAUCCAUUCCUCAAUGUGACCCAUAAUAGACGGAGAUUCACCACUGUUGUAGAGGGAAGACAGGUGCAUUUUGAGCCUCGGGUUGUUGCCUUGCCUGCACCAGACAGAGUGAUAUGGUACAAAGAUGGAGUUGCCAUUUCAGAAAAUUCCACAUGUUAUGAGACUUUUGGUUAUCAACUCAUCAUUAAAGAAGUUAGGCAGAAGGAUGCUGGAAUCUUUACAAUCUCACUCUCAAACCAGGAGAAGGGUCUCUAUAGAAACCUCAGCUACAAGCUGGAAGUCAAAGUCAAGCCAAAGAUCUCUGAGGAGGAAGUGGCUCCAGUUGGGCCUCAAACGUACAUAUCCGGCCAAGAGCAGAAGCUCACCUGCACUGCAUUUGGAAUUCCCAUGCCAAACAUUACCUGGUUCUGGCAACCGUGUGAUCCCAGCCCCGAGCUUACAGAGUGCGAACUUUAUACAGAUCCAUUUCUUGUCAUUAAAGAGGAACACACCAGUUACCCUGGUAAUGGGAUCAAGAAUAUCAACAGCAAAUAUGAAGUAAUAAAAAGUAAAAACAAGACUAUAAGCACUCUGGUUGUGAAAGCAGCUAAUGUGUCAGGCAUCUACUCCUGUACAGCAAGAAAUGAACUUGGGAACCGGACAAUGAGAAUCCCUUUCUAUGUGGACGAUCACCCAAAACCUUUCAAGAUUGAACCCUUAACGGCUGUUGCAGGAGAUAACAUAACGCUGACCUGCAGGGGCACAAGGUUUCUCUAUCACAAUUUCAGCUGGCAUGAUCCCCUGGGUAACAGGGUGCCCGAUAGCGAAACCAUACUUCGGAUUGAGUCUGACAGUGUGUCUUUGUCAGUCAAGCUGCCCAAUGUUUCUAAAGACGCGCUAGGCUACGAGUGCCGAGCUGUCAAUAUCAACUUAAAUAAAGAGGUCAAUACGACAGCUGUUUUAACAAUUAAUGAUCGGAUAGUUCCUUUUCUAAAGCAGAAUCUGACCAAUCAAGAUGUAAACAGCAGCAGUACCCUGACACUUGCCUGCUUGGCUUCUGGUGAGCCAAAACCCUUAAUCACGUGGUACAAAGACAAGACUCCCGUCACAGCAGGACCAGGAAUUACUCUAAAAGAUGAUGGGACUCUGAUCAUUGAGAGGGUGAAAAAAGAUGACGAAGGCAUGUAUGAAUGUCACGCCAGCAAUGCUGAAGGUGUAGCAAUAUCAAGCGCCGUUAUUACUGUAGUAGGAGAAGAGGGUAAAGCAAACAUUGAGGUGAUCAUCUUAGUUUGUACUGGGGCCGCUGCAACAUUUCUGUGGAUCAUGCUUAUUCUGUUCAUCCGAAAAUUAAGAAAGCCAAGUUCAGCAGAUUUAAAGACUGGGUACCUGUCCAUCAUCAUGGACCCCGACCAGAUACCCCUCGAUGAACAGUGCGAUCGUCUCCCCUACGACAGCAACAAAUGGGAGUUCCCUAGAGACCGUCUGAGACUUGGUAAAACUUUGGGCCAUGGAGCAUUUGGGAAAGUUGUAGAGGCCUCUGCAUUCGGCAUCGACAAGAUGUCUACUUGCAAAACAGUGGCUGUGAAAAUGCUGAAAGCGGGAGCUACAAACAACGAGUGCAGAGCGUUAAUGUCUGAACUGAAGAUUCUCAUUCAUAUUGGUCAUCACCUCAAUGUGGUCAAUCUGCUGGGAGCCUGCACAAAGCGUGGAGGUCCGUUAAUGAUAAUUGUGGAAUAUUGCAAGUAUGGAAACCUUUCCAACUACUUAAGGAGUAGAAGGGGUGACUUUGUGGUUUACAAGUCUCAGGACGGCACUGUGCGGUCGAGUUCGGGGUGUGACCUGAGCGAGCUCAUCAAACGUAGAUUGGAGAGCGUGGCUAGCACCGGAAGUUCAGCCAGCUCUGGCUUCAUUGAAGAUAAGAGCUACUGCGAUUCAGAGGAAGAAGAGGAAGAGCCAGAAGAUCUGUAUAAAAAAGUGCUCACACUGGAGGACUUGAUUUGCUACAGCUUUCAAGUGGCUAAAGGGAUGGAGUUUUUGGCAUCGCGUAAAUGUAUUCAUCGGGAUCUGGCUGCACGCAACAUCUUGUUGUCUGAAAACAAUGUUGUGAAGAUUUGUGAUUUUGGACUUGCAAGAGACAUAUACAAGGACCCCGACUAUGUCCGUAAAGGAGACGCCCGACUUCCCUUAAAGUGGAUGGCGCCAGAGGCAAUAUUUGACAAGAUCUAUACUACUCAGAGUGAUGUGUGGUCAUUCGGUGUCUUGAUGUGGGAGAUCUUUUCUCUGGGCGCCUCUCCGUACCCUGGCUUACAGAUUGAUGAGGAAUUUUGCUGCCGAUUAAAGGAGGGCACCAGGAUGAAAGCUCCCGAAUACUCCUCCUCUGAAAUAUAUCAAACCAUGUUAGAUUGUUGGCAUGGAGAGCCAAUCCAGAGGCCCACUUUCACAGAACUGGUGGCGAGGCUUGGAGAUCUGCUUCAGGCUAGUGUGCAGCAGGAGGGAAAGCAUUACAUUCCGAUCAACACAGCCCUGUUGACCAAAGAAGAUCCCACAAGCUCCAACCCCACAGAAAAAAACUCAACCAGACCUGCAUCUCUUAGAGACUCUGGAACUGCUUGGAAUAUCAAGGUCCGCCCAGCAAGCGUAAAGACCUUUGAUGAAAUAAUCAUUGUGGAUGGAAACACCGUGAUCCAUGAGGGUGGGCAGUCAGACAGUGGGAUGGGCCUUUCUUCAGAUGACCUGAACACACUGAAGCGUCUGGAGUCCCUGACUAAACCCCUGAGUUUCAUGGCUCGAGCGAUGAAGAGCAAAAGUAAGGAGUCUAUUCUAUUGGAUGGGGAGAAUGAGAAAUUUCCACAACUUGUUCCUUCACUAGAUUUGAGUCUGGAAGAAUCUUCUCUUGAUCCGGAGCUGGAAUGUCACAGCCCACCUCCGGACUAUAACUACGUGGUCCGCUACUCCACACCACCUGUCUGAGCUGGUCUGCACUCAUAAGCCAUUAGAAGUCUCACUUAGUAUUCGGGUUGGGCCCGUUCUGUCUCUGCACAUUAAUCCAGAUUAUGUUUUGACUGCGAGGGUCACAUAUACAGUAAUGGAGCACCUCAGGGAUCCCUGCUCUCUACUGUGAGCACUAUAAACAUAACUUAUUACAGUAAUGGUGUUAUUCUGUAUGGUGAGAUUCCUGAUACAGAAUGGUUAAAUGAUGAUUUUAUUUCUAGACAAAUAUUUUAUUGUAAUGAAAAACUGGAAUCGGUGGUAUGUGAUAUUUUUAUUUUGCUGAAAUUAUUAUUUGAAUAAGCUCACUCGAGCUGUAAGAAAAAUAUUUUUCUGAAGAACCGAUUUCAGUCACAUUUUAAGGCAAGUGACAGACAGACUGACAUGCAAACGCCCACAAAUCAUGAAUAAUUCAAUAUGUGGUGUGGUCUUAUGUUAUUUUCCUGAGCUUAUUUUGAAAUCUAAAUUGC